AUCCACAGCGGGGUUGUUGUUCGAACCAACGGGAAUCAAGUUCAAAUCAAAAGGAAACAAAGAAGAACUCGCCGUCCGCCGUCUAAGCAAGAUCGAAAAAGGCAGGCAUCGUUCGUGCCUUGCCGCGUUGCCGUUCCGUUCGGACCGCGAAAAGACGCAGCGCAGCGCAGCGCGACAAACCAAGAUCCCUCCCGGUGGCGGAGCAGACCCUGUCACGGACGGGCGCGUUGGUUCGUGUUUUUCGCUCUCGGAAGCGGGGACGGUGUUUCGAGCAGCACUGCCGGUGGCUGCGGUGGUCCGCUCGAACAGACGGUGGUUCCGCGCUCGGUGAGAGGGUGUCGAGACAGGAGGGCACAAGGGCAGCACCCCAUAGGCCCGGCGUGGCAACAACCAAGACCCACACCGGGAGAAUUUCAAGACCCGGGGAGGAAGAAACAAGAACGGGAAACAAGAUGCGGCAGUUGCACCACGCAAAAGCAACGAGAAAGGACACCGGUGUGUAGCGUCCCGUAGAAAAGCAACGGCAAUCUCCGUAUUGUUUGAUCGAUCAUGUGAUGAUCAUGUGAUGAUCAUGUGAUGAUCGACGCGAUGAUCGAAUCAGCAAACACAAAAGCAAGGAAAGCACGGUGCGAGUGGCGUCGCUUCCAAACUCCUCACAAAACCGGACUUGCAACCGAGCCAAACACCCAAACAAAAGCCACCCAGCACAUCGAGCGCAUCUUCGUUUCACCUUCACCUUCGCCUUCACCUCCUGCGACAGCCACUGCUACCAUGACGAUCACCAAGACGAUCACCAAGACGACCAACAACCUCAUUGCCGUCGCGGCCUGCUUCUUCUUCCUUGGCCUGACCGGUGGCGGCUCCCUCUUCUCGCGAUCCUCCCCGUGGCAGCCCCUCGCCUCCGCCGAGGACAUUGCCUGCGACGUGGAGGCGACCUACGGCACCUGGGACGACAAGCGGAUCCCCCGCAACGAGAUCGCCGUCCCCGGCAACUACGUCCUCCGGUACGGGAUCCCCACCGCCUUUUCCGAGAAGUUCGACACGAUGGCGGAGGGGGGCACCUGGAUCCGCUCCUUUGCCUUUGAGUCCUACCAGAUGACGGACGAGGACGGCCAAGUGGACUCUGGCGAAUCGGGGCGGGCAACGGCAACGGCGACGGCGUGGUUGCCGGAGGCCGCCCGCUCCCUUCGCGGCGGGGACGCACAGGCCCUGGCGGCCCCCAUCCCCAGGAACUGCUUCCGGAGCUAUUCGUGCCGCCGGAGGUACAUGAGAAUGAGGCGCAACAGCCUCCGCUUUCGCAUGAAUGGCAGGUCGGCCGCAAACAUGGGCAGGAGUUCCAUGUGCCACCUGUGCCGGGAGGACGACGACGACGACGCCGCCGCCCUGGCCACCGAGCAGCGCAACGACGAGCGCGAUCGCGAGCCCCUCUUCGAAGACGGCGCCCCCGGCCCGCACCCGUUCCCGUACCGCGAGGUGACCCUCGACGAGAUCCUGGGGAGCGGGGAGGCGCCGCUUGUGCCGCCAGGAGGCAAGCCCUCCGCCUCCCACGCCGCCUUUGAGGAAGCCUUCUGCGCCGAGCUCGGCCUCGUCAAGGACUACGACGGGUCCGCGACGGCCACGGACUGCAAGGUUCGGUUCCACUGCCGGCCCUCUACCGAGCGAGAGGUUGCCGGAGACGACCUCCUGGUCCUCGACCGCCGGGGAGGCAACAGCAACGGCGACAGCAACGGCAACGACGGCACCGUCGAACACGUAUCCCCCGGCGUUUUGUACGCGGUCCGGGCCGCUUCUCCUUCCGAUCUCGGGGAGGGAAACCACUAGGAAACCGAUCGAGAUCGCUAUCGAGAUCGCUAUCGAGAUCGUUCCCUUGACCAACACGGGGAAACCAACACGUCCGCCCAGAUGCCACAUUCCUGGCGGCUGGCGCUGCGCUGUACAAUGCUCGCGCCCAUGACCAUACACACAACCCAAUGCACCCUCCUCCACCGAUGUGUGCCUGCAUAUUUUAUUUUACC